UAGCAAACUAUAGCUGGUCGUUUUCACAGUGCUGUCCCUGUCACAAAUUCAUGAUUUUGACAGGCUGCUUGAUAGUUGAGAAAACAACAAGCAGGGCCGAUCAUAUAUCCUAUCGAAAAUGGAGGGGAUUAACAUCGACCCCCCCUCCCCCUCCCCAUAGUUUUUCAACUUGUAUAGUAUCCUAUCUGUCUUAUUUUGCGUAUGGCGGAGGUAGGACAAAUAUUUAUUUUCUGGGAUGUCCAAAGCGGCCUAGCAAGGCUAGCUAACCAGCUAUCUACACCUCCGCUAUGCAAUCCAUGACAUGUUAGCUAAACUAUUUAAUUUGCACCGUUCGAGAUUAGGCGGAUUUUGUUGCAAAGUCAUCUUUUUAUCUAGUUGUGUUGCAAUCAAAGUUAGGAUCAUAAUGUCGUUGCAUAAACAAAUGUUGUUAUUGUUCUUGGUGGCUAGCUAAACUAACGUUAGCGUAUUCAACGUCGUGAGUUUAGCUAGCUAGUGUUCGCGACCAUAGAUAGCACUGUUAGUUACCGCUACAAAUCCAUUGCUAAUGCUAGCUAGCUAAACAGGUUAUUUAUGAAUUUAACCUGUAAGGUCAAGUACUUGGUGUUGCGUUGUCUGUGUAUGUGUUCUGUAACACCUUUUUCAUUGCUUAUGAAUUCAUUGCCGUCUUUGAAACUAUUUGGUGUAUUUGCGCUUGUGUUUUUGAUAGUAGAUGUAUAAAUCUAAUAUAUUCACUAAUGUCACACACUGCAUGUUUUGGCUGUAUAUUGUGACAAUGACAUCAUUCAAAUCCAUGGUGAUGGGUUUUGCGACUUUCAUUGUCUUUGCAGUGGUGUGUGUGUGCAACAUCAUAUCCAGGAAUUGGUCAUUCAGGUUUAGUCAUCCCACUAGGCAUCUCACUGUUUGUAUUUUUUUACAUAGAAAAUACUUCUCUAAUUGUUCUUGGUUGCCUAACAAUUGUUUAUGGGCACCAAGCAGGAAGCAAAAAACCUCUGGUUAGAAAUGCAUGUUUAUAUCCCAGAAGGAGCCGCUAUAUAUAUAUGUAUUGUUUGUGUACUGGUACUUUCCUGUCAGUCAUUCUACUGAAAGAAAAGUUGUUUUACACAUCUAAUAGCUUGGUGGAGCUAUUGGACUGACAUUCUGAUGCUUUGUGUUCUGUCUCCAGCAGUGACUGAGUUGAGCUGAGUGUAAACCUGCAGACAUGGACGUGGUGUCGCCAGAGCUGAACAGCCUCCUCCCUGAUGAGAUCAUGGACACAGAGGCCAUCGUCAUGGAUGAUGACCCCCCCUCCGAGUCCCCUGCAGCCUCUGGCCAAUCACAGCCCAGUGACGACGCACCAGUCCCCAUGGAAACGGAUGUGCCCGCUGUCCCAGAGAUCGUAAGCCUGUGUUCGGACGCCCCUCCGACCCAGCGGACCCAAGCCGGGACCACCUCCACCACCACAGGUUCCACCCUCUGUAGCACCACCUCUGCUACCCAGCUCCUCCUCACCCCCUCCACGGCUUCAUCCUCCUCCCUCACCCUGCGACCCGCCACAGCCUCCACCCUCACCUCAACCACCCCCAAAACCACCAGCAGCCUGGCCCGGGUCAGUCUCACCUCGGGGGGCUUACAGAAGCUCUCAGCCCCCUUCACCCUCUCAGCCAACCACCAGAUCAUCCUAAACAAGGUGGCCUCAUCCCCGGGCGCAGACACCACCAGGUCCCCAGGCACCACCACCCCCACUACCACCACCACUACUCCAGGGGGCCAGAAGUUCAUGGUGACGGCCAUAGGGAAGUCAGGCCAACCCAUUGUGCUGCAGCUGCCCCACACAGGCUCCAAGCCUGGCUCAGUGCAGGGUCUGGGGGAGGCCAAAGCCAACCCGCAGCAUUUCAAGGUGGUGACAAGAGGGGUGAGGACGGACCUGAAACCAAUCAUGGUGGGGCAGGCGGUCAGCUCGGCCAGUCAGGUGUCCACCCUGCAGGCCCAGCAGCUGAAGACUGUACAGAUUGCUAAGAAAACCCAGGUGUCGUCGGCUGGACCAAUCAAGUUCGUCUUCACUAAAGCUGUCAACAACAAAGGUCUGACUGCCCAGACAUCAGUAUCCAAUGUCAUUACAGGUCGAGUCCUGUCCACAAGCAGCCCAGUGACCCCCCCGCGGACCAUCACCCUCUCUGAGACCCUCAGCUCCAGCUCUAGCAGCAAGAUCGCCAUCUCCCCCCUCAAGUCGCCCAGCAAGUUGACGGUGGUGUCGGUGGCCUCCCAGGUCCCCAACUCCCCUCAGAAGUCAGUAUCUCUGCCUCUCAACAUGGCCCACCUUGGACAUCAGAUACUAGUACAACAGUCUACAGCCACCUCCCCAGCCAAGACCAUGAAGCCUGUGCAGACUGUGACGGUGGGAGGGGUGGGCGCCCCCCAGUUUAAGACCAUCUUUCCCCUGUCCACUCCGUCCAACGUGCAGCAGAUCCAGGUGCCAGGCAGCCGCUUCCACUACGUCAGGCUGGUCACUGCCACCACGGGCAGCAGCACGGGACAGGCCGGCAGCCCCAUCACCAACUCAUCCAUGACAGCCAAGCCCUUGGUGGUCAACACAACCCAAGUCAGGAUGUCUGUCCCCAUUGUCCCAGCACAGACAAUGAAGCAGGUGGUGCCUAAGCCCUUGACAUCGUCGGGCCAGGUGCUGACCACUCAGACCCAGCAGAGGUUGAUCAUGCCCGCCACAUCGCUGCCCCAGAUUCAGCCUAACCUCACCAACCUACCCCCGGGCACCGUGCUGGCGCCUGCCCCUGGCUCUGGAAACAUGGGUUAUGCCGUGCUGCCCGCACAAUACGUCACACAGCUCCAGCAGUCGGCAUAUGUGACUCUGGCCAGCAGCUCUGGGUUCUCCACCCCUACAGACAUUCAGACUCAGGCCAGACUGCCUCUCAAUGGCUUAUCAACAUCAGGCACUGCCUUCAGGCCACGGAAGCCCUGUAACUGCACCAAGUCUCAGUGUCUCAAACUGUACUGUGACUGUUUUGCCAACGGGGAGUUCUGUCAGAGCUGUAACUGUACUAACUGCUUCAACAACCUGGAACACGAGACAGAUCGAGCUAAAGCCAUCAAGGCUUGUCUGGACCGUAACCCGGAGGCGUUCAAGCCGAAGAUCGGGAAAGGUAAAGAGGGCGAGUCGGACCGCAGGCACAGCAAAGGCUGCAACUGUAAACGCUCAGGCUGCCUGAAGAACUACUGCGAGUGUUACGAGGCCAAGAUCAUGUGCUCGUCUACCUGUAAGUGUGUGGGCUGUAAGAACUUUGAGGAGAGCCCUGAGAGGAAGACUCUGAUGCACCUGGCCGACGCAGCUGAGGUCAGAGUUCAACAACAGACAGCAGCCAAGACCAAGCUGUCAUCACAGAUCUCAGACCUGCUUACACGGACCACCCCCGCCAUCACCAGCGGAGGAGGGAGGAUGCCCUAUACGUUUGUGACGAAGGAGGUGGCGGAGGUGACGUGUGAGUGUCUGCUGGAGCAGGCUGAGCAGGCAGAGCUGAACCAGCAGCCCCAGGCCACCGCAGAGAGGAUGAUCCUGGAGGAGUUUGGACGCUGCCUCAUGAGGAUCAUCAGCUCGGCGGGCAAGACAGACUGUCCCUCCAUCAACUGCUAGGCUAGGUCCAUGGGCUUACUCUAUUUGCCUCUCACCCAUCCCAGAGAGAACUAGUGCCCGGGAGACUGGAAGGGAAGGGUGGCCCCCUCUCUCCCCCAGCUUCAGAGCUAAACAUUGGGACUGGCGAGUGGUGGUGGUCCCUGGGAGGUCCUUGGUUUCUCUAUCUCCCGGGCUAGCUAUCCCCAUAGACAUUGGAUUGGGAGAAUAGUAGACUGCCCCAUCAACUAUUAUCUAGCUAGACCCAGCAGCCAGCACCAGGAGGCAAGGACAGCCCUGUGCACUGCUCACCGCUUACCCACCCUCAGAGCUCUAGCGUUGGGAGGACAAAGGGACAUUCAUUGCUAUGGAGCUGGUGCUGCUCCUUCUUCAGUUAGUGGGAAUAGCCUUGGCUGAAGGGAGGGGCUGUCCCCAUGCCUGCCUGAAAAAACAAGGAUUGUGGGAGAGACUCGGCAGAGAAAGAAGUGCAUGUGGGAGCAAACAAAAAGAGGGACCAGGAUUUGGGUUUUAACCAGUUCUUGGUUUUGGUGCACCCUCUGACUGAUUGAGUGGGAUAGCACAGAGUGUUUGUGUUUUGGGAAGGGGGGUUGUUUUAGGCUGACCAUGCACACUUUUUGAUAAUAGGUAUUUUUACAGUUUUUUUUUUUUUUUUUCUUAUGUAUUUUUCUUUCAUCCUAUCAUGGCUCUGUUUGCAUAUGUCCCUCUCUUUCACCCUCUCCUUCUCUCUGGUGUGAUAUUAACAUGUUUUAUUCAUUUCUGAUGAUUCUGGAUGCAGAGGAGGAAAGAGCAGUCACAUUCUGACUGUACAUUCUUCAGGUAGUAACCCAGGUUCUAAUCAUGAUGCCGAUAUCUCUACAGUAGCUAGAUUUUACUGUAGCCCACAAGAUACGGCCACUAUUUAUUUUCCUCAACCACCGUUUCAACUUGUGCUCAGAGCUUAGCAAAAUGUCUAGGAACAAAUUAAAAAUUCCCACUUUGAUUUUA